AUGACGAAAUGGAACAAACUGGUCCCCAAAAAAGUUAACUUGUUUGUUUGGAGGCUCAGACGUGAUGCGUUAACUACGAAUAUUAACUUGUUUGCGAGAGGUAUCGAUGUUAAUAUUGUCCGAUGCAUGAAUUGUGUUAAUGGUACUGAGCUAUUUGAUCAUGUCUUCCAACAUUGUAAGUUAGUAAAAGAUACAAGAAGCCUUCUUAGUCAAUGGUUGAAGCUGGACAUUCCUGAUGACCUUCCUAAUAGGAUUUUGUCUUGGUGCGACAAUCUUCAGAUUUUGGCGGCCAGUCGACAAAAAAAUGAAGCUAUUUUGUUUACUUGGUGGUGGCUUAUUUGGAAAGCUAGGAACAAUGCCUUACAUAAUGAUAUUCAUGAAUCUGGUAAGGAAAUUUAUUACUCCAUCACUGCGUUUUCUUAUCUUUGGUUAACUAGUCGUGAUAAGAAGACAUCUAUUGCGUGGGAUUCUUGGAUCGAGUCUCCAUUUAGCACUUAG